CGACAACCACUGAAAUACUAACAUUCAACUGCGACUGAUAGACCCACCAAAUACAUGCAUCAGAGCUAAAAACUCAACAUGGAUCAGCUCAGGAACAGUUCACCAUUGGACUUACAAGCUAUAAGUCCAAUGUUUCUUCAGGCUAGCGACUGUCCUAAUUAUCGGCUAGACGAUCACUUUCGUUUAACAGAUGAUUCUGAAACAUCGAGUAUAGGUAUUUGGCUUGAAAUGGAUCGAAACUUGAAUGCACUCGAAGACAGACAUGAAAACAAACCAAGUGAGUUAGAAGACAUGAAUAUCGAACGGAUCGGAAGUUUCCAAAGUAGCCGUAUCAGUCCUACAAAUGUUGAACAUACCAGCCCAGAACAUAACCUCACAUCGCUGGGAACUCAUGUAGCACCUCUGAGACGAGAAGCAAGGCCUUCAACCCAUUCAGGUACAGUGAAAUACACUACAAAUCUUCGAGCCCUUUCUCCAGACGGGAAUAUUGUCCAAUCAGAAAUAAUACGCAAUUAUGAAAUACCAAGUGACAUUAUUGCGGAAGGGUCAGAUGUACCAAUUGUUGACGAAACAGAUGAGCAUGGAAUAUGGUUAGAUGGUUUGAAAGGGCAUCAAGGCAAAGAAUCUAUUACAAAUAUUAAUUUCUCUACCCACCUCAAAAUUUCCAAAACUGCAGAAGGGUCAGUUAUGGGAUCAGAUAUUUCAGAGAGUGAAAAUCGUCCCGCCAGUUCUACAAUUCCACUUGGAGCGAGCGCGGUGACGCCAUUUGGGUCACCUGAGGCAACAUCAAACUCCCAGCAAGAGCCGUCAGGGACAGUAGAUUAUCUGGCUGAGGCCAAUCAACAAGAUCGCAUGAAACAAAAGCGGAAAGAAACAGAGUCUCAAAAGGAACAACAGGACAUUGCAAAAGAGGAAAUGGGACAAGAACCUGACGGAAAACAGACGCAUGAUGGAUUGUAUGCUCUAGAGCAAAACGUAGGAGACUCAAGUCAGAAUACCGUCAGCCGCGAGCAAGAAACAAAUAAAGAAAACCUAGAGGGUCAAAUCACUUUGGACGAAAAAGAUGAUGGGAGACAGCGAUUUGAACGUCCCAAUUCACAGGAUUAUCAGACUGAGCCAAACGCUCUGGAUGAUCAUGGCAAUCUACUUGAGGGUUUUGGACUACCACCCGGAGAUAAAGCUCGGAGGGUAAAACCUGUUGAUGACAGUGCGCAAGGAACAUGUACGUCUUCAAAGAUCACCGAUGCCUCACGAAGCCACAUUAGAAAAUUACAUGUGCUUUUGAAAGACACGUGCAAAGACCUCGAAGAAAUACAAUCGGGCAUUUCUCAGAAGGAUUUCAGACCGUGCAAGCCGUUUAUUGAACAUAUCGACCAGAUCCCAAAUACACUGAACAACUUGAUACCCACACUAGAAUAUAGCCCUUACGAGGAAGAUCUUUGGAAAGCGCAUGAAGGGAUUGUACGUGUAUUGGAAGAGACCAAGAAAAAGCCACCACUGAUUAUCCUACACUUACUUGAACUGGGAUUCUACAUAUUCGAAGUUGGCACACUGCUGUGCGAAGAUUUGCUUCCGUCAUGUUUUGCACACUUGGUGCAUGCAAUUCUCUCACGAGUACAAACCGCCUCACUUUUCAGUCGUCAUGAUGGUCAAGAUGUCGUGGCAACUUUUUUGGAAUAUCUGACCCAACAUCGUUAUUCUGUUCUGUCAAUGGAAGAUUUCGAUGCUUCCGAAAGAUCCUGUGCGCACACAUGGCUUGAAAUAGAGGAACAUUCAAAUGCAUCUGAUGUUGAACAGGAAAAUAAUCUGAAUGGCCAAGAGAUCAUGAGUGCUGACCGAAGUGGCACUUCCAAAAAUGGUCGUACUGUUCUUCAUAACGACAAAUUGUCACCCUUAAGCGGAGAAACCAGACCGUUUGUUCCUACGGCGGACCUUAUGAACCCUGAGGCAACAGCUCACACAGGUACUGUGAAGUAUACCACCAGACUCCGAGCUCUUUCUCCGGAUGGAAAUAUUGUCGAAUCUGAAGUAGUACGUAGUUACGGGAUGCUAAGCAAUACUUUUUUAGGAGUAAAUCAGUGCCUUGUUGAUGAAACAGACGAGCACCAACUGUGCUUCGAGGGUUUACCAGGUCAAAAAGACAACGACUAUCUACCAUGUAUCAGUUUCCUCACUCAUCUCAAGAUUUUAAAGGCGGCGGAAAAUUCUGAAAGGACAGUGGACAGUCCAACGCAAGAACUUGAUCCUGCUGGUCCUGUGAUUCCACCUUUGGCGAAUGAGACGUCAGUUCAGGCGGAUACAUUAUUGUCCCCUAGAAAUGACCCUUUAGGAGUCGAUGAUCCAACCAAAGUUAGCUACCUACAACAGAGUGACCAGGCCAUACACAAUGACCCGACACGAUACACGCCACAAGAAGUAUCACCACGAGAGCAACAAAAUACGCAGCAAGAAAUGGUGCAGUAUUCACGAGAAGAAUUGUCAACCAGGACACAAGAAGAAGCUAAGCAAGAAACAGGAGAGCCAAAGCGUGUUUUAAUAAGGCAAAAGAGAAGCACACAGCUUUCAGAGGAAGCAUCACCAGAGCCAAACUACGGACAGCCAGAUCCACACCCCGAACUGCAAGCAACACAGUAUCCGUUGCCAGAUCUGGAACAAAAUUCAAACGGUACAAAUGAACAGAAAUCUCCUCGUGGGAUGCUGGAGGAUAUAAGUCAACAGCUGUCGGCGACGCUACAGGAAGAUCAGCAAACCGGAAUACAGGAGGUGCCACAUAUUACAAUUCUGCCACAGAAUAGUUCAAAAACGUCACAACAAGGUUUGGAGGAUCCUGAAGAGGAACUACAAAUGUCAGUAAUAGGUGUGAACGAGCAACAAGAUGAGCUGAAAGAGGAGAUUACGGAACAGGCGCAAAACCAACCGAUACAUCAAGAAUCGCCGCAAGAAGUCGUGGAGGGUUCAAGACACGGCUCAUCACAACAACUACAAGGAGAACCAGAUCAAAGUACGAAGCAGCCAACAGAUGUUCUAUUACUAGGGCAGAAAUCUGAAGAAGCUUCAGAAAAUUCUAGGCAAGAAAUGGAGAAGCUGCAAACAAAGCCGGAAAUGUUACAAAAAGGAAUGCAAGACCUUGAGCAAGGUUCAAGGGAGAUAAAUGUGCAGGAGCCGCGUCAGGAGUCAGUGGAGGAAUUUCAGCAGGUGUUUCAAACACUGCAACCGCAAAAUUAUGAAAGGACAGAAGAGUCUAUGAACGUCAUAUCGAUGGUACAAGAACGUCCAAAAAUGUCUGACGAAUUAUUAAAGAAACCAGAGCCAGAUCUACGAAAGCCACACUCCGAACGAGAAGAAGCUCCGGAAGAACUGCAAGUAGAAGAGCGAGGCCUAGAAGUGAUGAACAAACUAGGAGUGCAGCAAGACUCAGCAGAAGAAGUGUUCGAAGACCCGCGAAAUGAGUUGUCACGAGGAAUGCAAAAACAGCUGGAGCAAGAUGCAGAGAAAUCCGAAAGGGGGAGUUUACAAAUCAUGAAUGAGGUAAUACAGCAUCUUGACUUAGAGCCUCACUCAGAAAGAAAAGGAUCACAUGAAGUAAUGCAAAUUCUAGAGAAAAUUUCAAAAGACGAGGAAAGUAAACAGCAAGCAAGUAGAAAAAUUGUGGAAUAUUCAGACAAGAAGGAAAGACAAAAGCAUUCUCAUGAUUCCGAGCAGCUUCACUACCCGCUUGGGAGCGUCAAACCACCUUUGCGCGAUGUGAACCAAAAAGACACAACGAUGAAGGUGCACGGCAUAGAGGAUACCAAGAGAAAUGUGUGCCAUUCUUCAAAAAUUACCAACUUAUCCAGAAGUUAUAUUGGAAAGCUACGAGCACUACUGAAAGAUGCCUGCAAAGACCUCGGAGAUAUACAAUCGGGCAUUGCCCAGCGGGAUUUCAGACCGUGUAAACCAUUCAUAGAACGUGUCGAUCAGGUUCCACAUAUACUGAAGGAGCUCAUACCCACACUCGAAUAUAGUCCUUACGAGAAAGAUCUUUGGAAAGCGCGUGACGACAUCAUACGCACACUCGAUGUGACCCGAGACAAACCGGCACUGAUUAUCUUACGUUUACUUGAAUUGGGAUUCUACAUAUUCGAAGUUGGUGCACUGCUGUGUGAAAAUAUACUUCCACCGAGGUUCGCACACUUGGUGCAUGCAAUUCUCUCACGCGUACAUCGCCUUUCGGCGGGUCGUGUGGUACGCCAAAUCAUCCAUGUACCAAAAUCAUUCGAUCCUCUGGUUUCAACUUAUUGCAAAGACAGACGGCUGGAACGAAUCGAGAAUUUUUGCAACUGCCAGAUUCGAUUGUUGGAGCCAACCCAUCCGCGAAGUGAAUUUUGUCCACCUGACUGCCGAACACUUGAAGUCAAUUUUGAUCCCGUGCGUGGUAAACAUGUGGGGUUUCUAGAUUUGCUGAAUCGAUGCGUGCAUCCAAAGCGCUGUGUUGCACGUAUUGCAACCACAGUUUUGCGCCGAGCAAAUGGUACAGAAUCGGAGAUACGAGGUCACGAACUAAUGCAAGCUAGCCAACCUAGACCUCGCCUGCUAGAAGUCAGAGCAGAUAUUUGUGCUGGACCACGGCAACAUUUGGCCGGAAUGAGAGGUGCAACAGAGUCUGAAGUAUUAUCCAAAUCCGCUUUCGUCUAACUUUUGCUUACUUAUUGAAAGCCUAAAUUCCCAAUAGCAUGAUUUGCAUAGCUGGACACAUUUUUGCAUGGACUUUCAUUUCUUCUUCUUGUUUGAACGGAAUGAAUGCAAAUUUUGAGUUUGUCGGCCACUAACCUUACCUUUGUUUGUUCGGGUAGCCUUCCAUCCAAUCAAUUAUAUUGGCCG